GAAGUUUUAUAAAUCAUACUGAAGCGGAGAAUCACGGCCCAGUUGUUGUCGAGUGUACGGUUACAAAACACUGCUCCCCAAUUUAACUAAUUUGCUAAAUAUGAGGCCCACUUUGGCUGUUGCUCGCAAUAUUAUUGUUUUUGCCUUACUUUUGGUAGUGCGUCCAGGACAGCAAGGGACGUUGAGUGCUUUGAAGGACUGUAUUGUCCAGGCUGGAUCGAAUGCUUCAGACAUAGUGGAACACGAUGGUCCUGAUUAUGCAAAAUACUCUGAGCUAAAUUAUCAAUGGAAUCUUAUCCACGAAAAAAAGUUUCCUGUCGCUUAUUUUGUGGUGAGAAGUGUGACAGAUGUUCAAAAUGCGGUUUGGUGCUGUACUGCCCAGUCCGUCAGGAUAGUAGCAAAAGGUGGUGGCCACUCAUACGAGGCAUACUCCUUUGGGGAUAGCACAGCUCUGAUAGUAGACCUUCAAGCCCUGCACGAGCUCGUUGUCAGCCCGGAUCGUCAAUCAUUUACCAUCGGGUCGGGAGCCCUUCUCGGCCAAUUAGCUUACCCACUUCUUGAAGGAUACAACUUGGUCACACCGCACGGAACCUGUCCAACAGUUGGGAUUGCUGGGUUAGCCACGGGAGGAGGUUACGGCUACCUUUCUAAGCUUUUCGGUCUCACGACAGACAAUGUCAUGGAAGUCGAGCUGGUUGACGCUAACGGAGAUGUGCUGGUCGUCAACAGGGAUACGAAUCCCGACUUGCUUUGGGCCCUUCGUGGCGCAGGCGGAGGAAACUUUGGGAUUAUAACGAAGCUAAAAUUUAAGGCUUAUUCUGCCCCCGUGCUAGUCACGGCAGGGGCAAAAAUGUACCCCUUGGACCAAUUUCCCCUCGUCUUUUUGCUGUGGCAACAAUUCGUCAAUGACACGUACGCGUCUAGAGAGACGAAUACAAAGUUGGCUAUCAAGAAUGGGAUCGUAACAGUUGAAGUGUUUGACAUUCAGGUGACCAAUGACAACGUGGAAGAAGCACUGAGGCGGGUGGAUGAUAAUUUGGAUAAGUUUCCAACCACGGCGACGGAAGAUACGACACAGGUUAUUGCAGAUCCGUAUAUGGACUUUAUCUUCAGGACGUCACAUCCAGACGAUGUUGGCAUAACGGAUCCGAGUCAGCUUCCAAAUGUGACGAGGUCAAUGUUCAGCCCGAGGCUUUUCCAUGCCAAAUCCUAUUUUUCAAACCAUCUCAUCGCAUAUGACGACAUUUGGACACUAUAUUUCAUCCUUGAGGAGACAGUUCAAGGCGUGCAGGACAUCAUCAUAGAAAUGUAUGCUUUUGGAGGUGCCAUUGAUGACAUGAGUUCCACCCAGGAUACCGCUUUUAACCACCGACACGGAAACCUAUACCUGGUCCAAGCAUUCUUCAAUGGGAAGGGUACCAUGAAUCCAAACCACCCAUCGAUCGCCUGGCUUAACCGAUUCUACGAGAUAACGACGCAAGUCUACCGCCACACGGAGGCGUAUCAAAAUUAUGCCGAUGCAACAUUGACUGACCAUCUGCAACGAUACUAUGGCUCAAAUCUUGACCGAUUAAUUCAAGUUAAACGAAAUAUUGACCCCAGAAAUAUUUUUCAUCACCCGCAGUCAAUUCCUGUAUAACCAGUCAAAAUUGUAAUUGCCACAUGAUAGUUAAAUUUUAUCAAAACUUUACUUAUAUAAUUGUGUAUUUCUUUCGAAAUUGAAAUUUUUUAAGUUAGUAUGAUUGAGAUAAAUACGGGUGACACACCAUUACGUAACCUGCUGAAUAGCCUUGAUGAUAAUAAUCUGGUAAUGAUGUAAAUAUCGUAAUUGUUAGCAAGAGAAAAUAAAUAUAUGAGCAAUCAA